GUCUGGUAGUAUUGUAUUUUAAUUUCUCGGAGAGUAUCGGAUUUCGAAUAACGUGUGAUAUUCCUGAUCCAUAUCAGAGUAAAGCCAAAAAUUGACAAUAGGAGAUUGCCGAAACCAUUGUUUUCUCUCUCAAACAAAAACACUAUAAAAGCCAUCUUCCAAAAUUUAGACCUCCUCUCAUUCUUCUUCUAAUCGUCAACACUUCAAACAAAACAAAAAUGAUCUCUUCACCAAUUCAAACCCCAAAAUAUCUAAAAAUGUUUGUUGGACUUAUUCUUUUGGUUAAUUAUCUUCUAUCAAUUUGCUUUAUUCAAAUUGCUGCUUCCAACAACAACGAAUUGGACAAAGAGGAAGACAAUGGUUUAGGCUGGAAUGUGUUCAAAGAAAGGGUGAAGAGAGGAGAAGAAACAGGGUGGCCAAUUUCGCCAGAAAUUAUUAUUGUGAUAUUGGUUGUCUUGUUGGCUCUUUGCUUUGUAUUGUUUUGUUACUACUGUAGCAAUUAUAACUUGCAAAAAACUGUUAACUCUUUGCAAAAGGCUGAGCUCGACUCUACAAAUCGUCUUCUUCGUGAACGGAAUGCCAUGAUCUUGACGAUGAUAAAAGAGGAAAUGGCCGAGAGGGAAAAGAAGAAAAGAAAAGCUAAAGAAGAAGAAGAUGAAGUGUAUAAAGUUAAAGAAGAUAAGGAUAAGGAUGAUAAGAGUAAAGAAGAUAAGAAUAAAGAGGGUAAAGAUAAUAGUAGGAUGGCUUUCAUAUAAACAAAAUAAAUUGUGUAUAUAGGUGUAAUAAAAGGAAGUUGAUUGAAUGCUGGUUAUUUUGUAAAGUCGGG